AUGGAAGCCCUCGAUAUGCUUCUCAGUGCAUUUUUAGAAGGUGGAUUCCCUUCGCAAAGCUCUAGCAUCCAAUCCCAUAUAUCCAGGAAUCCGUACUUUUCAGCGUGUAAGGAUUUUUGGGACUCGACUCCUGGGAUUAGCCUAUGUAGUUAUAUGGGAACAGAGCUGUUGGUAAAGUCCCUCAGAUCGACACUAAAAUUAGAUUUUACCUUUGAUGGGACUAUCAAUGCAGGAGAUACCUUUUCCAUAUUUGCACCAAAUGACGACUUUAUUGUGCUCAACUUAAUCCGACUCCUUGGUUGCAGCCCUGGCUUAACGAUUUCAAAAAAGACCCCACUUCGAUUUGUACCUCUGGGCACAAACCCGGCUUUUGUAGAAUUUGCAAAAGGAAAUUUGGCCAUCUCUUUAGAAAAUUUGUUAAAGUUUGUUCUAGAUAUUAAGAAUCCCGGGUUGUUCCUUAAAAAAAUCUUUCUUGCACGCAUUUAUCCCUUUGUCAAGUGUGAAGAGAAACGGAAAUUUAUUCAAUUUAUCAGCUCAAAUGCCAAAGAGGCAUCCAAAUAUUACAACUUUUUGCUUUCAACCAGAAUUGACUUUCCCACAUUUUUAUCUUGGAUCUAUGACGAAGAAAUACC